AUGUGCAGUAUAGAGCGAUUGGGUCUUAAGCGGGCCCGCCCCGCUCCAAUCUCUUCUACAGAUCCGCUCCCAAUUUAUUUAGACUACAACGCCACCACUCCACUCGGGGAAGAGGCGUGGGCAGCGAUGACUGCGGUACAUAAUGUCUGGGGAAAUCCAAGUUCUACACAUCCAUACGGUAUGGCCGCGAAGUAUGCAUUGGAGCAGGCAAGACAGAAAGUAGCUAAUGCGAUAGAAGCAGCGAACGCGGAGAAUAUUUUAUUCACAUCGGGAGGUACAGAGUCUAAUAAUAUCGCUAUUAUUGGUGGGGCAUUAGCAUUACAUGAAAAGUAUCCAAAACGUCGUCAUAUUAUUUCCACUACAGUUGAACAUCCUGCUGUAGAAAAUGUAUUGACAUUUUUACAAAAAGAGAAAUCUAUGGGCUUUACAACUCAUCGUUUCCCUGUACAUGUGAAAACUGGAUGUGUGGAUGUUGAUCAAUGGCGUCAAUAUUUACUUAAACUUCCAGGAGGUCCUAAAACGGUUGCAUUAAUAUCUGUUAUGCAUGCAAAUAAUGAAAUUGGUUCUAUUAAUCCUAUAAAAGAACUUGUGAGAAUGGUAAAAGAACUUUGUGGACCGGAAGUUAUUUUUCAUACAGACGCUGCACAAUCUAUUGGAAAAAUACCCGUUAACGUGAAAGAAAUGCAAGUAGAUUUGUUAUCCAUUUGUUCACAUAAGUUUUACGGACCAAAAGGAAUAGGUUGUCUAUAUGUAAGAGAUGGAAUUCAAUUAAAGAAUAUUACCUUUGGUGCCGGUCAUGAGCGUGGAAUACGACCAGGUACUGAAAAUGUAUUGCUGGCAACAGGUAUGGCAGAAGCUCUUCAUAUCGCUUGCAAAAAUCAACCAAAAAAUUCUAAAAAUAUGCGAGAAACAAGAGAUGAACUUCUACGUGUUAUAGAAGAAGAAUUAAAGAAGGUUGGAAUGUGGUAUAUAAUCAAUGGAGAUAAGGAUUGUGCUCUUCCUAAUACUCUUAACAUUGCUUUAUACAGGGAAAGGAAUAAUAAACAGCGUAUCUAUAUAUCUGCACAGGGAAUUAUUCUUGCUGUGGGGGAUAAAGUUUGUAUGUCUGCUGGAUCUGCAUGUCAUUCUGCUGCUGAAAAGGUUGAAGUAUCAUCGCCGUUAAAAGGUGUGGGUGUGGAUCUCGAACGGGCUGUAGGAACACUUCGACUCUCUACAGGAAGAGGAACAACUAUGGAAGAGGUUCGACGGGCCGCUCGCAUAAUAGUACGCCGGGCUGCACAGCAGUUUGGUGAUAUGUAG